AUGCAAAGUCAAGUGAACGGUGGUGCGACUCAAGAAAUAUCUGGAGCAUCUGGAACUGCGACAGGUCCGAAAACUACCAUCAACGGAGGUCGCUUCGACUUCGAUGAUGGUGGAACUUACUGUGGCGGUUGGGAAGAUGGCAAAGCUCACGGUCACGGAGUGUGCACGGGUCCAAAAGGUCAAGGAGCUUACUCCGGCUCCUGGCACUAUGGUUUUGAGGUGUCAGGAGUGUACACAUGGCCUAGUGGAAGUGCCUUUGAAGGUCAAUGGCAAAAUGGUAAAAGACAUGGUUUGGGAGUCGAAACAAGAGGUAGAUGGUUAUACAGAGGUGAUUGGACACAGGGUUUUAAAGGAAGGUAUGGCGUGAGGCAAUCGGCAACAUCAAAUGCCAAAUACGAAGGCACUUGGACAAACGGUCUUCAAGAUGGACACGGAUCCGAAACCUACGCUGAUGGUGGUACCUAUCAAGGACAAUGGCUAAGAGGUAUGCGCCACGGUUACGGAGUAAGAACCAGUGUACCUUUCGGAUUGGCAUCUCAUUACCGUCCAAAUAAAUCCGUGCGUGCCUCGUUGACUUCUUUGAGGAGCAACGAGGGAGCCGGUGUUGGAGACACGAACCCGUCCAUUGAGAGAGAUAGAAGAGUCGAUGAUUCUCGUGGUGGAUUUGUAUUAAAAGCCAAAAGCGAUCCGACUGCAGCACCUGUACGACGACGAUCCCUGGUCGAAAAAUCUUCUAGCAAUUUUAAAAAUAUGCUUUCGAAAAUGAAAAAGCAGCGAAGUUUAGAUGGAGAAGUAGAAAGGGGGGGAAAAGCAGGGACCACGGCUAGCCUUCGAAGUACAGCCAGUAGUGCCUCUUGGGUAAGCACAGAAUCUUAUCAGUCUGGCCUUUCACAUCAAUCAGCGCACACCGAUUCUAAUGCGAGUUUUGUUGUUGAGGACGAAACAAUGGACAAGUCCGUGACGGAAACUUAUAUGGGAGAAUGGAAAAACGACAAGAGAUGCGGUUUUGGUAUUGCAGAACGAUCCGACGGUUUAAAAUACGAAGGGGAAUGGUUUAAUAAUAAAAAAUACGGAUAUGGUGUUACGACUUUUAAAGAUGGUGUCAAAGAGGAGGGAAAAUAUAAAAAUAAUGUAUUAAUUACGUCACAGAAAAAAAAGCAUUUAUUUUUAAUUCGAUCGGCAAAAUUUAGAGAGAGAAUAGAUGCGGCGGUUUAUGCCGCUCAAAGAGCAAGUAAAUUAGCGUUACAAAAAGCUGAUAUAGCGAUAUCGCGAACGGCAACGGCGAGAGGAGAAGCGGAACUAGCGGAUGCAGCUGCGGCGGCAGCACAAGAAGAAUCGGAUGUUGCAUUAGCCAUAGCGAAACAAUUUGCUCCGGAUUUUCAACAGCCCGUUAUACAUAAAUCCAAAGGGACGUUUUUAAAAACGAAAUUAAACGAAAAUUUGCCAAACGGCGGUAGCACAUCUUUAAAUCAACACAAGGUUAUAGAUUCGGUAGCGAGUCCGAGUAGUGCAGGAGAAACGCUCUAUUCUCAACCGGUCGCUCCACAAUCAAGUUCAUCCGCGGAUGAAAAACCUUCCUCAAAUCAAAUUUCUACGAAUUCAAUUCGAAUGUCUUCGACGAGUGUCAAAGCGGAUGGACUAUCAUCAUCCUCCUCUACGAGAGUCACCAACAUUCGGAGAAACUCUCAAGUCUCUGGAAAUCCGCCCUCACUUUCAUUUCAACAAGCCAUGAGCGAUCAUUUCGAUCAUUAUAAAAGACCGCCAAGUCGCGAUGCUAGUGUUGAUCGCUCGAAACCAGGAACUCGGUUGUCCAUUGGUUCUCGUCAACCCUCAGUGGAUAAAACGAUUGUUACUGAAUUAGAUAAAACCGUUCAAGGACGAUUUCCCGUAAGGGAUUCGACCCCCUUAUCGACUGCUGCUAAUGGGACCAUAACUGGAACUUCUCCUGUCUACGAAACGUCGAACAAUGAAGGAUCUGCGCGUAAAAGAACUCCAAUACCGGAUUUAUCCGGAUCGGCGCAGCAGCCUAAAAGAACUGAAUCCUUGUUUGUUAAUUCAAACAAUUCAAAGGGUGGCGGUGCAACAAAAGGGGUAAGUUAUAAUAAGACCUCAAAUUUUUGA